ACUCAAGCGAACUCUCCCACAUCCUAUGGAAGGCUCUGGAUUUCUCCCUGGCGGCAACAGCAGAAGCGGAGGUGGAGUUGGAGGUGGAAGCGGAGGCAGCAACUACCACCAUCACCAUCACCACCACCAUCACCAUCACGACACCCCCGUCGACGACCAUCACGACAUCCGCCACGACGGCCGCACUCAGGAUGCUGGCCUGAACCCCGUCGGCUUCGGCGUCGGUGCCUUUGGCGGCGCUCUCUGGGGGUUCUUUGGGUCCAAUAACCCAGUCGACUCCUUUGCCGACACGGUCUUCAUGGCGCUCUUUGGGUCGCUCAUUGUCGGCAUCAUCGUUACCGUGAUUUGGCCACGCAAGAAACCCGAUCCCUGGGCAGAAGCUGACCCGCACACAUAUCCGUCCCAAGUCGGCCCAUUCUAUCACACGUCGUCCGCCGAGAGCAUCCCUGUUCUUGGAGCAGUGGUCUCGCCAGAGUACCGGCGCUCCCGACGCAGCGGCUGCUGUACGCUCUCGUGCUGCGUCGGUGUCCUUCUGGUCAUUGUCUUUGUCUUGGUUGCCAUCGUCGUUCCAAAGCCCACCCCUAUUGCGGUCGAAGUGGUGAACGGUGACCGAAAGCUGCUUCCCCUCGACGCCUUCUGGUCUAAAGGUGUCGAGAUUGAGCGCCCCAACAACGUCGACGUCUAUCUCCUCGACCACUCGCCUCCCCUCGGCUCCCCAAAGACUUUUCCGCCCAAGCUCAUUAGCCCCAACAUCUUCGAUGGGUCGUACUAUUUUGUCCGAUACGACUUGCAUGAAAACUCACAAGUCAAAAUCGACUGGGAUUUCCAGAACACCGGAAACCUUCCGCCAAGCUUCGUCAUCAUUCGCAGCACUCACGCUUUCAACUCCUGGAAGACCCACCCUGCCUCCGUGAGAGCGACCUUCAAGCACUUUGAGUCCGAGACCUACCAGGGUCACUACACCUUCACCUCGCCCACAUAUGCCGAGUACUACUUUAUUUUCUUUGGCAAGCACCAUGCUGUCAAGGCCGAGGGUAUUGUGACUUUCCGCCCGAAACUCAUCACCUACAGCCUGCCAGAUCCAUCGGAGAUUCUGGGCCAAUGUGGUCCUGAAGAUGUCACCUGCUCCCUGGACUACUCGACCCUCAACACAGCGGUGGUUCUGUUCUCGGCCCCGUGGUCUGAUGGCAACGCCUUCACUGCCGUCGUCAAGCCGUCGCCCCGCAUGGCGGUCUACUACUCGGUCGUGUUCUGGCCCUUGGGCAUCUUCACAUUGGUGCUCUGCGCUUGCACCGGCAUAUGCACGUGCUGCUCGUACUGUUUCUGCCGGACAGAGUGCGACGAGGAGGGCGAGUCUCACCGCAACAUCCUCGUCGUCGGCCAUCGCGAGAUCCCGAUGCCUCCCUUUGUCAAUGGCUGGCGACUCGUCAACGGUCAGUGGGUCUACUACCACCCGAUUGCCGGAGCCUCCGACGGCUAUGCCGCCCCUGCGUACGAGGCUGUACCCGCUGGGCCUGCCGAGCCUGCUGUUUCAGCUACCUCGCGUGAGCCCACUCCGUUGCAAGCAAUUCACGCCUCCGCACCCGCUUCCGCGCCCGAUCCGAACAACCUGAAGCUGCUGCCGCUCGAGCAGCCCCGGCCCCACCACGAGCCCGGUCCUUCGAACGGCCCUCCUCCCCCAUACACCCCGUAAUUGCCUCCGAUACGAGUUGGUUGUAGCCCUGGUGCCCUUGCUGUUGUUGCUUUGGUCUGGAUUCUGGAUUCUGGACGAGCCUCUGAAGUUCAGAUCUGGGGCUCGUAUCUGGGCUCGUAUCUGGGGCUUGUAUCUACCCACAGCGAACCUCUUACAGCGUUUCCAAAAUGAAAUGGGACCCGUUUUUAACCAGGACAGUGUUUUUUUCUGGAACCUGAAUACACCUACCCACUCAUCGCAA